CAAUAUCAUCACACAUCUCUCUCUCUUCUUCUCCAUAGAAACAAACCAUUUCUCUCAUCUGUGAGUUUCUUCUUGAGUUCUUUAUAUACUCAGAAGUCAGAAAGAUCAAACCUUAUAGUCCUCUGUCUUUAUCUGUUCUCUACUAUCUUCUAAAUUCACAAGAGAAUAUUACAAUUUCGAGCUACGAAUCCGGGAAAACCUCAGAUAGAAAAGUUUUGGUGGAUAGAUCAUGAUGAUGGGAAAAGAAGAUCUUGGUUUGAGCCUAAGCUUAGGUUUUUCACAACAUAACAAUCCUAGUUCGUCUAUAUCCAACAACCUCUAUAGAUUUCCAUGGAACCAAACAUUGGCUUCUACGUCAGAUCUUCGCAAAAUACAAGUGAACACUCUUCCAUCAACGGUGGAUUGCGAGGAGGAAGCAGGAGUUUCUUCUCCCAACAGUACGAUCUCGAGCACCAUAAGCGGCGGGAAGAGGAGUGAGAGAGAAGGAACCGACGAAGAAGAAGACGCUGGAGGCGAAACGUCGAGGAAGAAGCUCCGAUUAUCCAAGGAUCAGUCUGCUUUUCUGGAAGAGACUUUCAAAGAACACAACACUCUCAAUCCCAAACAGAAGCUAGCUCUGUCCAAGAAGUUGAGCAUGACCGCAAGACAAGUGGAAGUGUGGUUUCAGAACAGAAGAGCAAGAACCAAAUUAAAGCAGACGGAGGUGGAUUGUGAAUACUUGAAACGAUGCGUAGAGAAACUAACGGAGGAGAAUCGUCGACUUCUGAAAGAGGCUAUGGAGCUUCGAACUCUCAAGCUCUCUCCACAGUUUUACGGCCAAAUGACUCCACCAACUACGCUCAUCAUGUGUCCGUCCUGUGAGCGUGUGGCUGGGCCAUCAUCAAACCAUCACCAAACUCACCGGCCCGUUGCGAUCAACCCAUGGGUUCCUCGUGCUGGUCAAGUGGCUCAUGGGUUGGAUUUUGAAGCCUUACGAUCGUGAGAGGAAGAAGGCUAUUUAGAUUUUGGUGGUAGCGAUGGCUUGGAAUUAAUGUGGCUGUGUGGGGUCUCAUUGUAGUUUUGGAUCAUUGGCCUACCUAAGUUAUAUGUCAAGUAUGAUGUGACAUUCAGAUAUUUAAUGUAGCAAAUAUUAGUUACAAAUUACAAUGCUAAGUUGCUAACCAA